CAAGAAAACACGUCUCUGGGGGAGAUACCUGCUAAGGGCAGAAUCUGCACGCCGUGAUACAUAGGAAUGGAAGGUGUUUGUGGUCUUUUGUUAGGAACAUUUUGUUUCACUGCAGACAUAAUUUGGUUAAGGAGCCCGAAUUAAAAGUGGCCACAAAUUCACAUGACCUGUAACGUAAAUGCAAAAGCCCGCAGCAGACGGCGAGUGUGGGCGCCGGAACCCUUCCGUCGGGGCUUUGUUGUGAGGGGGGACCGGAAGAGGACUGCGAUUCUUGUGGCGAGGUGGCGAGGCGGAAGGCUGCGCUCUCGUGGUGUUCGUUUUCUGGAAGCGUUUGGGUUGGGGCGGCCCAGCGCGGUGGCGGAGGCUCCCCGCGCAGCUUACGCGGCGGGCAGCGGCGGGCAGCGGCGGGGAGCGGCGGGCAGCGGCGGGGAGCGGCGGGGAGCGGCGGGGAGCGGCGGCCGGGUGACCUCCCCUGCCCGCCCCGGCGGCUACGAUCCAUCCCCCAGUCCGCAGAAGCGGGGAAAGCUGAGGAUGGAUCUGCGCCUGGGAGAGCGUCUCCCGCGGGCCGCCGGAAGCCCUCAAAUUGAAAAAAUGUCUACUCUGUAUAGAGUAUACAUAAAUAUUCUGUGUGUCGAUCCUGAUCAUACCUUUGUGUUGUUUUUGAGACUUGGCCUCACAGUGUGGCCUUGGCUAACCUGGAACUUACUGUGUAGACCAGCUUACUCGGGGAAUCGGCUCACUAGGAGUCUACAGAUUAAGCCACGGGAAUUCAGUGAACACAGGACCAUGUGGUUUAGAUCCUACAGGGUGACUUUUUCCUGUUUGAACAGAAUAAAAACUUACAGGACUCCUUGGAAAAGAUUGUACAGUACUUCACAAACAACAAUUGACAGCAGGGAGUUAAAAACCUUCUUGGCCCUGGCUCACAAGUGGUGGGAUGAGCAAGGAGUGUUUGCGCCUCUUCACUCUCUGAAUGACCUGAGGGUGCCGUUCAUCAGAGACAAUCUUUUGAGAACAAGUGCCAGUCACCAUCCUGGAAAGCCCUUGUCUGGGAUGAGGAUUCUUGACGUUGGCUGUGGCGGUGGGUUAUUAACUGAACCUCUAGGUCGACUAGGGGCUUCAGUGACGGGAAUCGACCCGGUGGCUGAAAACAUCAGGGUAGCGCAGCAUCAUAAAUCAUUUGACCCAGUCCUGGACGAGAGGAUAGAGUACGAGGCGUGCUCCCUGGAGGAGACUGUGGAUGAGCGUGCGGAAAGUUUCGAUGUUGUCGUGGCCUCGGAGGUGGUCGAGCAUGUGGCCAACCUUGAAGUGUUUUUGCAGUGCUGCUGUCAAGUUCUAAAACCUGGUGGCUCUUUAUUCGUCACUACGAUCAACAGAACACAGCUGUCCUACGCCUUGGGGAUUGUCUUCUCAGAGCAAAUUGCAGGCUUUGUUCCAAAAGGUACUCACAGGUGGGAGAAGUUUGUUUCACCUGAAAAGCUGGAGAGUAUCUUGGAAUCAAAUGGUCUGUCGGUUCAGACUGUGGCAGGAAUGCUCUAUAACCCCUUCUCACGCUGCUGGCAUUGGAGUGACAGCACCAGCCUUAACUACGCAGCCCAUGCUGUGAGAGCCAGUGCUCAGGACCAGCUGCAGCCUGCUGAGUCCCAUGUAAAGGGGGGAACGGAAGCCAUCCAAGCUAAUGCCUCCAGCCACCCAAGAGCGCAUGAAGAGCAGAAGAACUGAGAUACCUCUUCUUGCUUAAAGCCUUGUUGUUUACAAACUCAGAAAACUUAUUUUUUGAGAGAGAGUCUGAAGAACAGAAGGUCAAUAAAAAUAUCUGAAUCAUUGGAGAAAAGUUUCUGUGUCCCCUAAGAGACACUUUUUGAGGAAUUUUCUGCUGAGGUUCAUCAAGUGUGGCCAAGGAGUUUAGUCUCUCACCUUUUAUUAUAGAGAUGUAUGUUCAGUUCAUUUUAGGUAUUAGGCAUUUUCACAUGUAUAUACAGAAACAUUCUGUUAUUUAUUUUAACUCAAGGAAUCUCUGUUGUGUGUGGUCUUCCUUUAUUUUUAGUUAAAAUAUACAAGACCCCUGAUUUAUAAAA